GCCGUUGAAACGGACAGGAGGGCAGUCAGUAGCACUUCCAUCGCGGAGAGAGCAGAUUGAACAGGUUGAGGCGUCGCUUUUCAGUUUCACAUCCAUCAUCAGCACCACAACCCCGGACCACUGGGGAACAACCGUUUAAUUCUCCUACUCUGUUAGAAAUUCGCCCCAAAAAUAUGUCUGUGGGUAGUGACUUUGGGAACCCCUUAAGAAAAUUCAAACUGGUCUUUCUGGGGGAGCAAAGCGUUGGCAAGACGUCUCUGAUCACAAGAUUCAUGUACGACAGCUUUGACAACACCUAUCAGGCCACAAUCGGAAUAGACUUCCUGUCAAAAACGAUGUACUUGGAAGACCGAACUGUGUGUCUCUCUGAUCCCCAGGUGAGGUUGCAGCUGUGGGACACAGCAGGACAGGAGCGCUUCAGGAGCCUCAUUCCCUCCUACAUACGAGACUCUACUGUGGCCGUGGUGGUUUAUGAUAUUACAAAUGUGAACUCCUUCCAGCAAACGUCCAAAUGGAUCGAUGACGUCAGAACAGAGAGAGGAAGUGAUGUAAUGAUCAUGCUGGUCGGCAACAAAACAGACUUGGCAGAUAAGAGGCAGAUCACCAUAGAGGAAGGAGAACAGCGGGCCAAGGAGCUCAGCGUCAUGUUUAUUGAGACCAGCGCCAAGACGGGCUACAACGUCAAACAGCUGUUUCGGCGUGUGGCAGCUGCCCUUCCUGGGAUGGAGAGCAUGCAGGAGACGAGCAAGGAGGGAAUGAUUGACAUCAAGCUGGACAAACCACAGGAGCCUCCAACCACUGAAGGCGGGUGCUCCUGUUAAAUCCCAACACCUGAUUGGUGCAUCUUCAUCACAUGCUUGUUGUGUUGGUUCACCUCCAGUAGAGCUUUCAGAUUGGAAUUUAUUUUAAUACUGGUCAUCAGUUGGAAACUAGCGUUACGUACAUUUCAGUUGUAAAAUAGGGUACUUUAUUAAAAGGAAUUGCCAAAAAAGUCUUAAACAUUUACAAAAUGAUCAACAACAAAAAACUUAACCCUCUCAAACAUGUGAACUAUACUUUUUUGGGGGAAAAAGUAGAAUGGUAGGUCUUUUUUUUUUUUUUCUUUUAUAUUUUUGUAUAUUAAAAGAAAUGCUUUGAAAAGUUGCAUAUGACCAAGUUCUCCCCUUGUAUGAAUGACCAAUGGCACCCUAUUUCCUAUGUAGUGCACUACUUUUAGACCAUAGCCCUAUGGCACUAGGGUAUAGGGUGUCAUUGGGAUGGAAGGAGUCCAGUGGCUAGACAGAGGGCACACUAUUCCCAAAUGUAGUGACCCCUAGUGCUCUGAUCAAAAGUAGUGCACUAUAUAGGGAAUAGUGUACUCAUCUGGAUGCUUUUAAAUCUAACGCAUGCAUGCCAAUUGUUCUUUUUAUUUUUUUUUAGGUACUAUUGUGCUCUCUACUGACAAGUUUGAAUAUGUAAAUGAUCUUUGAUCAUGUGACUUAAUGCACUCUUUGAAAAUGUCUUGUUAUUUUAUGUUUUACACAAAAUGUUGUGAGUGAGACUGCAUUUGUAUACUUGAGUUUAGACCAUCUUUCAUUGUCAAAAGUGUGUUCGUUAGUGUGUGUAAAUGUACGCUUUCUAUAUUAGGCAACUGUAGAUCGCAACCAUCCAUAGUGGGCAAGCUGCCAAGCGGUGUCCUCACUGAGGCCCAUAUUCCAGCUGGUUAUCACUACUGUAGAGGCCCAUGUUCCAGCUGGUUAUCACUACUGUAGAGGGCCAUGUUCCAGCUGGUUAUCACUACUGUAGAGGGCAAGCUGCCAAGCGGUGUCCUCACUGAGGGCCAUGUUCCAGCUGGUUAUCACUACUGUAGAGGCCCAUGUUCCAGCUGGUUAUCACUACUGUAGAGGGCAAGCUGCAAAGCGGUGUCCUCACUGAGACCCAUAUUCCAGCUGGUUAUCACUACUGUAGAGGCCCAUGUUCCAGCUGGUUAUCACUACUGUAGAGGGCAAGCUGCCAAGCGGUGUCCUCACAGAGGCCCAUAUUCCAGCUGGUUAUCACUACUGUAGAGGGCAAGCUGCCAAGCGGUGUCCUCACAGAGGCCCAUAUUCCAGCUGGUUAUCACUACUGUAGAGGCCCAUGUUCCAGCUGGUUAUCACUACUGUAGAGGGCAAGCUGCCAAGCGGUGUCCUCACUGAGGGCCAUGUUCCAGCUGGUUAUCACUACUGUAGAGGGCCAUGUUCCAGCUGGUUAUCACUACUGUAGAGGGCAAGCUGCCAAGCGGUGUCCUCACUGAGGCCCAUAUUCCAGCUGGUUAUCACUACUGUAGAGGCCCAUGUUCCAGCUGGUUAUCACUACUGUAGAGGGCAAGCUGCCAAGCGGUGUCCUCACUGAGGGCCAUGUUCCAGCUGGUUAUCACUACUGUAGAGGGCCAUGUUCCAGCUGGUUAUCACUACUGUAGAGGGCCAUGUUCCAGCUGGUUAUCACUACUGUAGAGGGCAAGCUGCCAAGCGGUGUCCUCACAGAGGCCCAUAUUCCAGCUGGUUAUCACUACUGUAGAGGCCCAUGUUCCAGCUGGUUAUCACUACUGUAGAGGGCAAGCUGCCAAGCGGUGUCCUCACUGAGGCCCAUGUUCCAGCUGGUUAUCACUACUGUAGAGGCCCAUGUUCCAGCUGGUUAUCACUACUGUAGAGGGCAAGCUGCAAAGCGGUGUCCUCACUGAGACCCAUAUUCCAGCUGGUUAUCACUACUGUAGAGGCCCAUGUUCCAGCUGGUUAUCACUACUGUAGAGGGCAAGCUGCCAAGCGGUGUCCUCACAGAGGCCCAUAUUCCAGCUGGUUAUCACUACUGUAGAGGGCAAGCUGCCAAGCGGUGUCCUCACAGAGGCCCAUAUUCCAGCUGGUUAUCACUACUGUAGAGGCCCAUGUUCCAGCUGGUUAUCACUACUGUAGAGGGCAAGCUGCCAAGCGGUGUCCUCACUGAGGGCCAUGUUCCAGCUGGUUAUCACUACUGUAGAGGGCCAUGUUCCAGCUGGUUAUCACUACUGUAGAGGGCAGCUGCCAAGCGGUGUCCUCACUGAGGGCCAUGUUCCAGCUGGUUAUCACUACUGUAGAGGGCCAUGUUCCAGCUGGUUAUCACUACUGUAGAGGGCAAGCUGCCAAGCGGUGUCCUCACUGAGGCCCAUGUUCCAGCUGGUUAUCACUACUGUAGAGGCCCAUGUUCCAGCUGGUUAUCACUACUGUAGAGGCCCAUGUUCCAGCUGGUUAUCACUACUGUAGAGGGCAAGCUGCCAAGCGGUGUCCUCACAGAGGCCCAUGUUCCAGCUGGUUAUCACUACUGUAGAGGGCAAGCUGCCAAGCGGUGUCCUCACUGAAGCCCAUGUUCCAGCUGGUUAUCACUACUGUAGAGGCCCAUGUUCCAGCUGGUUAUCACUACUGUAGAGGGCAAUCUGCCAAGCGGUGUCCUCACUGAGGCCCAUGUUCCAGCUGGUUAUCACUACUGUAGAGGCCCAUGUUCCAGCUGGUUAUCACUACUGUAGAGGCCCAUGUUCCAGCUGGUUAUCACUACUGUAGAGGCCCAUGUCCCAGCUGGUUAUCACUACUGUAGAGGGCCAUGUUCCAGCUGGUUAUCACUACUGUAGAGGGCCAUGUUCCAGCUGGUUAUCACUACUGUAGAGGCCCAUGUUCUCAGUGCCACAUCACCAGCUGGUUUGUGUUUCUCUUUCGUGCGCAGUGUUUGUUUCACAGGUGCCAUGUUGCUCCUGCACUGUAUCAUACUAUCUGUGUCAUCGUGGUUAGGUGUGAGUCCCAAAUACCACCGUACUCCCUGUAUAGUGCACUACUUUAUACGGCGAGGUAAUUCUUAAAUUUGGAUAGUCCAUCUACACUAACAAUUAAACAAUCUACUAACCCUUAUCCUUGCUCCUAGCCCCAACCCCUACCCUGACUCUUAUUGUAAACCUGACCCUUAUUGUAAACCUAACCCCUACCCUAACCCUUAUUGUAAACCUAACCCCUACCCUAACCCUUAUUGUAAACCUAACCCCUACCCUAACUGUAAACCUAACCCCUAUCCUAAUCUUUACCUUAACCCUGACUGUAAACCCAACCCCUACCAUAACUGUAAACCUAACCCCUACACUAACCCUUACUGUAAACCUAACCCCUACCCUAACUGUAAACCUAACCCCUACCCUAACUGUAAACCUAACCCCUACCCUAACUGUAAACCUAACCCCUACCCUAACCUUUAUUGUAAACCUAACCCUUACCCUAACCCUUAUUGUAAACCUAACCCCUACCCUAACCCUAACUGUAAACCUAACCCCUACCCUAAUCUUUACCCUAACCCUUAUUGUAAACAUAACCCUUAUUGUAAACCUAACCCCUACCCUAACCCUUAUUGUUAACCUAACCCCUACCCUAACUGUAAACCUAACCCCUACCCUAACUGUAAACCUAACCCCUACCCUAACCCCUACCCUAACCCCUACCCUAACCGCAAGCAGUUGCAUGACCAUCUAGAUAAUUUAUUUGGAUAGACUAUUGUUUCCGUUCUGUAUAAAAGCAUCAUAAAAUAGUUCAAAGACUACCCUUGUCCUAGCCAGUCUGUUUGUGCUAUCAUGCCGUCGCUCAUUGUCGUGUCAAUUGACAGCGAUGAAGUUGACGAGAGCACAGAGGCCUAAUCUGGGACCAGGAUACCAUCGUAUCUGGUAAUGGUGUGAACAGUUACACAUCCCUGUCAAGUAAAAACAAAGAAGAAAAAUACGAAUUUGCAGGUUUAUUAUGACGGUCAAACAUUUCAUUGUAAAUAUACAUCCUCCAAAUGAUUCGACGACUGCUCCGUUGUCAUUAAAAUUGUGUCAUAUGACGUGUCCUCUCCCUACGAUGAUAAAAAAAUGGACUUCUAUGCUGCCUGUGUUUAAAAAUGUUACUCCUACUACUGAAAUAAUCUGGUCCUGUUUUUAGAACCAGGUAAACGUGGUAACUGGUGUUGUGGUUAACCAGUGAUCAGAACACUACUUUUCAUUUUGAAAUGUAUUUUCUUCGUGUGAGACAAUGCACUUUUUUUUUUAAAGAACAAAUGUAUGUGUUUGGCAGUUAGUGAAAAUCUAGUCUUGUAGUCGUACAAUAACACUGUAGGCAAGAGUACAAAUGUCCAUAAUCUUCAUAACAUUUGGAGUAGUGUGUCUCUGACGGUUAGUGUAGAGUUUAAACAUUUGUGAAUAUGUUCCUCAUCCGUCUCCAAAACAAAGAGAAGCACCAACCCUUGUGAAUACUGGUGAAACAUUCAAAUCCUGACCCACCUAAUGAGCCAAAUACUGAGCCAAGUUGGAGCCAAGCGAGCCAGUAUCAGAACAUACCUUCAAUAGCUGGAGCAACAGCUCUCCAUAGUGGGCUUACAAAUGUACAGUAAAACAUACUGUUGAAUCCCUGGUGUCAGAAGAGAGUCCCAGGAAAGAAAAAGUGAGAACUUCAAGGUAGUUAUUAUUUUUUUCACAACCCUUUGUAAUGUUACCCAAGUCUAACUAUGGCUCUGGUACUUUCUGUUAGCUGAGUAGGGAUGAAAGUUAAUUUUUAUUUUUUUUACCUAUUCUAGAAUCAUAUAAACAAAUCUUCAGGCCUGGGAAGUCACAGAACUUAACAUUUACAAUGUUGAUACUGUGAAAAAAAAAAGACUCAGACAUAUAUUAGGAUUCCUAAUAAAGAAAGACCCCCCCGAUAGAAGAAUGUGAAACGUCACCUUCAUACCCACUGAAACACUACCCCUGCACCAAAACAACUAGUGAGGGGAUUCAGACACCUUAGUCCAACCUUUACUUAUCCUACAGUUUUACUCAGUGUAUUAUUGCCCUGGUGCCUAGGAAGGUAUUGCUUUCAAUGUACUGCCUCAAUGGAGACAGUGUUGAUGUUUAAGGGGAGCACUUCGAGGGGGGGGGGGUAUUUAUUCAUUCAUUCAUUGAUUAAUUACCAUGUACACUUGUUCGUAUUUAUUUUCUUCUUCCCUGACCUGAGUACAGCACCCUUCUUUCUCUCCAUUAUAUUAGGACUAGAGAUAGUGUCACGAUCCUGAGAUGGAACAAUGGUUUACAGUUGAUUGAACAAUGGAACAAUGGUUUACAGUUGAUUGAACAAUGGAACGAUGGUUUACUGUUGAUUGAUUGAACAAUGGUUUACUGUCGAUGGGACUGCAACACCACAGUGCAGCAGCUUUGGGAGAACAUGCGCGUCCCACAUGUUACCCUUUCCCCUAUACAGUACACUACUUUUGACCUGGGCCCUGGUCAAAAGUACUGCCCUAUAUAUGAAAUAGGGUGCCAUUUGGGACGCAAGGAAAUAUCAUGUGCUGGCUGUCGGGUGAGUUGGUUUGUGUUGGAGGCUGUUGAGGCAAAAGGCUGUGGGCUAGCCUGGCCCUGAUUGGGUGUGUACUCUGUUCAUUGUCUUACGUCAGAUAGCACAAUGAUUCCACCUGCAACCGUCGGUUGAGGGACGAGCCUCGCGUAGAUGUGACGCCACCUGACGUAAGACAAUGGUACAACUCUGACGCAGCAGACCAUAGGUCAGGACGCUGUUAGUUACGGUAACUCAGAGCAGACCAUAGGUCCGGACCCUGUUAGUUACGGUAACUCAGAGCAGACCAUAGGUCAGGACCCUGUUAGUUUAUGGUAACUCAGAGCAGACCAUAGGUCAGGACCCUGUUAGUUACGGUAACUCAGAGCAGACCGUAAGUCAGGACCCUGUUAGUUACGGUAACUCAGAGCAGACCGUAAGUCAGGACCCUGUUAUUUACGGUAACUCAGAGCAGACCGUAAGUCAGGACCCUGUUAGUUACGGUAACUCAGAGCAGACCGUAAGUCAGGACCCGGUUAGUUACGGUAACUCAGAGCAGACCGUAAGUCAGGACCCGGUUAGUUACGGUAACUCAGAGCAGACCGUAAGUCAGGACCCGGUUAGUUACGGUAACUCAGAGCAGACCGUAAGUCAGGACCCUGUUAGUUACGGUAACUCAGGACCCUGUUAGUUACGGUAACUCAGGACCCUGUUAGUUACGGUAACUCAGGACCCUGUUAGUUACGGUAACUCAGGACCCUGUUAGUUACGGUAACUCAGGACCCUGUUAGUUACGGUAACUCAGAGAUGGCUCUCCAUUCACACUGUAUAGAGAUCUAGCAUGUCUGUCCAAAACGAUCAAUAAAGAUGUCUUACUAUCAAAA